AUGGAGAGCACAGAAGGCAAAGGAAACUCCUCAGAUAGCAGGAAGCGAAUUAUCAGUUACAAGGCAUUUUCUGCUUCCUCAACUGCCCACUUCUCCCAUCCCCUUUUCCUCUAGUUAAAGUGGAGAAUGAGAAGAGUGGUUAUUAUUUUUCUUGUAUUUUCUAUGUGCUCACUGAUUUUGUAUUUUCUACUGCUUGAAACACUUCCUAUUUUGAGGAAUAUGAUCAUGAUCUCUAAAAACAAUCUGACUUUAUUUUCAGAUACAAGUAAGACUAUUGUUGUUCAAAAGCUAAUUGUUUUUGACCUGAUGUACUUGUUCCCAUUUCUUGUGUCCCUAGCAUCAUUGUUCCUUUUAUUUUUGUCCUUGGUGAAGCACUCCAGAAGCCUCAACCUCAUUUCUAUCAGCUCUGACGAUUCCAGAACUAAGGUCCACAAGAAGGCUGUGAAAAUGCUGUUGUCUUUCCUCAUUCUCUUCAUAAUUCACUUUUUUUUCAUGCAGGUGGCACGUUGGUUAUUUUUUUUUUUUUUUUAUUUUCCAUCAAACAGGUCAAUUAAGUUUGUUCUGUUAACAUUAAUUACCUUUCCUUUAAGUCAUUCAUUUAUUCUGAUCCUGGGAAAUAGUAAGCUUCAGCAGACAGCAGUGAGGGACCUUCAACAUCUUAAAAGCCAGCUGCAAGAGAUGAUCCUCUCCCUUCACAGAUUCUCCAAAGUCUUUACUAAGUGA